AUGGCAGGGAGCUGCUUAUUCAGCUAUAGGACAAUAAAAUACGUUGUCACCAACGACAAGAAAGUUGGCAUUUUAUAUAGAGUUUUACAAUUAUCUAUCAUCGGUUACGUAAUUGGGUGGGUAUUUUUGACUAAGAAGGCCUACCAGGAGACGGAGGAGGCUGUCCAGAGCUCUGUUAUAACAAAAGUGAAGGGGGUCGCCACCGCAAACACCACUGAUUCCGGCAUGGGUUUUUGGGGUCCGGAGGACUACGCCAUCCCACCACAGGGUGGCAGCGUUCUUUUCAUUGUAAGUAGUUACAUCGAGUCGCCAAACCAGACGCUUCGUUCCUGUCCGGAGAGCCCCCAGGUGCUGGAUGGCCACUGCAGUGGUGAUGAGGACUGUCAGAAGGGAGUCAAGGUGGUUGCUGGCCACGGAGUUAAGAGUGGCCGAUGUUUGAGAGAGGAUCAAAACUCCAAGGGUACCUGUGAAAUACAUGGCUGGUGUCCCGUCGAAAAUCACUCUGCAUCAGCAAAGACUCUGUUGUCAGAUGCUGAAAACUUCACCAUCCUCAUCAAGAAUUUCAUCCACUUCCCCAAAUUUAGUUUUUCAAAGUCCAACAUCGAUAACACAACCGAUGCGUCCUAUUUGAAGAAAUGCCAUUACCAUGAGGUCCGCGACCCUUACUGCCCCAAAUUCCUCCUGGGGGACAUUACCAGAAGAGCUCAACACAACUUUACGGACAUGGCCUCACUUGGCGGCUCCAUCGGUAUUCUCAUAGUGUGGGACUGUGACCUUGACAAAGGCAUUAACAGCUGCCUUCCACAAUACCACUUCAAGCGCCUGGACCUCAAUUUAUCAAACACAAAAGGAUAUAACUUCAGAUACACUCGCUAUUACAAAGACGCAAAUGGGAAGGACUACCGGACCUUGUAUAAAUUCUUCGGUGUGCGGUUUGAAGUGAUGGUGUACGGACGGGCUGGCAAGUUCAGUAUUAUCCCAACAGUCAUCAAUAUAGGCUCAGGACUGGCUUUGAUGAGUGGUGGAGUUUUCAUCUGCGACUUGGUCCUUCUCUUCCUGAGCAAGAAUCGCAACGCUUAUCGGGAGAGGAAAUAUGAAGCAUUCCGUGAUGAAGACAGAAAGGAGGGGCAAAACCUGGCUGUCCUGACAUCGUAGCUGUAACUGCUACGGCCACAACUUUGCAGGGUGUAAAUUGAGCAGCUUUUACCUCAGCAUGGAGGAUCAGAGAUGAGAAGUGACGGGGUAUUUUCAGUCGUCAUAAUUGUUACCUCUGUCAAACAAUCCACAGCUUGAAACAAGAAAACAAAAACAAACAAAAAAACAACAACAUAAAAUGUUGUACUG